CUCUGACAGUAGAGAAGAGUGGUUGUAUACAGUGUAUGGUGCAGUCUGGCUGCGGGUUCUGGAUCUCAUUUAAAGAAGAAUCCCUGAUCCGCCUCUACCAUGUGGAGACGUUCCAACAUCUGCAGGACAUUAACAUAGCGUCGGCCGUCACCAGGGCACUGAAACAUAAAGCCAGAAAACCUGGUACAGAUUUCUCACGUGGUAUAGCCAUCACCUGUCUCAUGGCCAGCAGAGGUAUCCUGUGGAUUGGUACCAACAAAGGUAUAACCCUGUCUCUCCCCCUCCCCAGGUUGGAGGGUGUACCCCUCAUCAGUCGAGGACCCAGCGUGUCAUGCCACACCCAUAUUGGUCCUGUCAAAUUUUUGGUGGGUAUUUGCCCCGAGGUCAUCAUUGACCCUGUUCCUGGGCGGGCGGAGAGUUUCCAGGGAGAUGCCAAUGGCGAAAAUGUUGAUGUGAAGGAUACGGACAGACUGGAGCUGCCUUGUUCUGCAGGCGAUGCUUCAGCAACUUCGCCUUUGUCAUCCCCUUCACCCAAAGCUACAUCUCCCAAAUGUCCACCAGAGAGUGCGUCUGGUUCUGGAAGUCAGACCAUGCCAGCAGUGGUUUCCCCGAAGUCAAAGCGGAAGAGCAAGGGAGACAUCAGGCGAAUAUCCCUUUCCCAUGUCAGUGAGAAAACUGAGAGAACAUCUGACAGGGAGGUUAUUCGUAGCUACAGCAUUGAGCAUAGUUUUAAACCACUUAAAGCUAAUGCUAAGUCCAAAUGGAAGUCCACCCCAAUCGGAUUGGAUGCCAUUGACAAGGUGGAGUACGAUGAUGAUAUUUCGGUGUUGUAUGGAAGCUUGCUGAAAGGCACUGGGACGGAAGAUUAUGAAGACGUCUUGGUGCAGACUUCUGGAGAACAUGGGUACAUGACUCUACAGGCAACGGGAGCAGACCUCCUCCGUUAUCGAAAAACUAAAACUGCUUCAAUAAUGUUUCCCAAACGUCGGGUAAAAAGUAUGGCGUCCCCUGCUGUUGGGGAAACAGCCCAUACCUUCAGUUUCGAUUCAGCUGUGAAGUUGCGCAGCUACAACAGAACAUCUUCCGAACUGACCAGUAGUUUCGAGUCUGUAGAUGAAACAGAAGAGGACAUUGCCACCCCUGCUAGUGAUGAUGUGGAUGAAAGUGAUGCGGCAAAGUCCUCAGACAGAAAGUUGCAUAAUUUGCACUGUAAGUCUGUGAUCGUUGUAAGUGGAGGAGAUGGGUAUUUAAAUUGGAACGUUGCCACUCCAAGGGACAAGAAACAGGAGGACGCGAGGCUUAUUUUAUGGCAGUGCAAGGUGGCUUAAUUGGUCUCCACCAAGUAAGUCAUUUUAUCUGAAUAUCAAUAUUUUCAUUCCAGUACAAUGUAUGUCUUUUCUAUAGGAGGCUUAGGUUUAGGCUUCUCUGGCAGACUGGAGUACACAGUUAUUGGUGACGUUAUUACUCUGAGUGAUUGCAAUCGGCAUUCCUGGAAGAAUGUAUCUUUACAUUCUAUUUAUGGAGGCAAAUAAAAACUAAGGGAAGUGAAAUAGAAGAAUAAGGAUGGGACCAAGAGGACAAGUGAUACUUUUAAGCUUAAAAGCGCCACCUAUAAUAUUAUAGGUCAAGCAGCAUUCUCUGUUAAUGUGCAAUGGACCUUAGAUUUUAUACCAAGUGGAAACGGCAAAAUGGAAAUUUUUGUUUGAUUCUGUUAAUUGAAAUAGGAACAGUAAGUGAUUUAGAUUCCCGUGACUUAACAUUCUUUAGCAGAGAAGGCUUAGCUUAUACACAAUUUUCAACUAACCCAAUUUUGAACUACAGUGGAAAAGUUUGUGAAUAGCUUUUAGCACUGAAAUACUUAGAAUGGUAAGUAAAAAUUAACUUAUUGUUUCCAAUAGUUUUGCAGUGUUAUUCCAUUUUUGUUCUCACCCAUGACUUACACUUCUAAUAGGAUAAAAAUGUUUACAAUGUGAUGGUAAACAAGGUAGAAAUGGGGUGCAAACUGUGAUACAUUUUUAUGUUAAAGUUGUGGAAAACUCCUUAUUGCCAUAUUAAGUUUGUGUAAAAUUGCACACACAGGACUUGGAUGUACAAUUUGCAGUGGAACAAGUUUUUAAUGUAAAAUUUAUAUUGAAAAAUAAGUCAACUCUAAAAAUUAUUAAAUAUAGUUGUGAAAAAACAGCAAAGAUACAGCAAAGAAUAAAUUAACAGGUGUGCAGCUGUAAUUGGAUCAAAUUAUUUUUAGCACAAUGCCUGUAUGAUUGUUAAAAAAAGAACAUCAAAUUAAGGCAGAAAUAUUUGUAUGAUAACUUUAUUUGAUAAAUAACAGGCAUUGUAUAAAGUACACUUGAAAUAUUCCAUAUUGUGAUAUCAUAUACAGUGAAUAAAAAGACGGUGUGUUAUGUAAAAUGAUGACUAUUUUAUACAUCAUGGUACAGUUUGUACAAAUAUUCUUGAUAAUAUUAGCCUACAUAUAAAAGUGUAUUGUAAACAGUUUUGAGAAUUAUCUUGUUGAUAAUAUUUGUAGUUUUGCAGAAUUGCUUUGCAGAUGAUAAAUAUUCAGUGAUACUUGCUAAGAUGUGCUUAAAGACGAUUUUUAUGAAUUUGUGGUACAAUUAUUUUGAUCCUAUUUAUUAUGAUUGAUAAAAAUCUUAUGUUUUAUGGUGCUUGGCUUUUUUACGGAGUCACUGCUUUUACCUUUUUGAAAGUGUCGAAAUUAGUCUGUAUUGUUGUCUAAAAUGUUUUAAAAAUAGUACCAAAAAGACAUUUCGAGAAAAACAUUUUUAUUCAUAUUUCUGAUCGCUGAUUAACAUGAAAUAUUUUGAUCAAUGGGUGAUAAAAAAUCUAUGAAGUUUUUGUAUAUGCUAAUAUUUCCUCCUUUUGAUUUUUGUAUAAAUAUCAGUGAUUAUAAAACUGCUUAAAUAAAUAUUUACUGAUGUAUGCCUUGCCUAUAAAUCUACUGCAGUGGAUAUACAUGUUCUGCAUAUACCUGUAGUUGUGUAAUAUAAAUAUAUAAAACGAUACAAGUGAAUGGACUUGUGUACAUGACGAGGCUUUCAAUUAUUGUGAAUAUUUACUAGCUAUAUGCUGUUUAUGUAGAUUGUUCAUUUUGAUGAAUA